GGGCUUCCUUGUCUCUCCCCUCCCCCGACGCCCCCCCUCCACCCCGCAUCCCCACUCCCUCCCUCUGUCCUCCACUCAAGCUUUGCCUGUAGGUACCUGAGCUGCCAUCGAAGGUGCCUAAAGAUGCUGAGCGGCGUCUGGUUCCUCAGUGUGUUAACCGUGGCCGGGAUCUUACAGACGGAGAGUCGCAAAACUGCCAAAGACAUUUGCAAGAUCCGCUGCCAGUGCGAAGAGAAAGAAAACGUCCUGAAUAUUAACUGUGAAAACAAAGGAUUUACAACUGUCAGCCUGCUCCAGCCACCCCAGUAUCGAAUCUAUCAGCUUUUUCUCAAUGGGAAUCUCCUCACCAGACUGUACCCAAACGAAUUUGUCAACUACUCCAACGCCGUGACUCUCCACCUAGGAAACAAUGGGCUGCAGGAAAUCCGAACCGGGGCAUUCAGUGGCCUCAAAACCCUGAAGAGAUUGCACCUCAAUAACAACAAGCUCGAGGUGUUACGAGAGGACACAUUCCUGGGCCUGGAGAGCCUGGAGUACCUCCAGGCCGACUACAAUUACAUCAGUGCCAUCGAGGCAGGGGCGUUCAGCAAGCUGAAUAAGCUGAAAGUGCUCAUCCUGAAUGACAACCUUCUGCUGUCACUGCCAAGCAAUGUCUUUCGCUUUGUCCUGCUGACCCACUUAGACCUAAGGGGAAACAGGUUGAAAGUAAUGCCUUUCGCGGGCGUCCUUGAACAUAUCGGAGGCAUCAUGGAGAUCCAACUGGAGGAAAAUCCAUGGAAUUGCACUUGUGACUUACUUCCUCUCAAGGCUUGGCUGGACACUAUUACUGUUUUUGUGGGAGAGAUCGUCUGUGAAACUCCCUUCAGGCUGCAUGGGAAAGAUGUAACCCAGCUGACCAGGCAAGACCUCUGUCCCAGAAAAAGUGCCAGUGACUCCAGUCAGAGGGGCGGCCACAGUGACACGCAUGUGCAAAGGCUGUCACCCACAAUGAAUCCUGCUAUCAACCCAACCAGGGCUCCAAAAGCCAGCCGGCCACCCAAAAUGAGAAACCGUCCAACUCCUAGAGUGACUGUGUCGAAAGACAGGCAGAGUUUUGGACCAAUCAUGGUGUACCAAACCAAGUCCCCUGUGCCCCUUACCUGCCCCAGCAGCUGUGUCUGCACCUCUCAGAGCUCAGACAAUGGGCUGAACGUCAAUUGCCAAGAGAGGAAGUUCACAAAUAUUUCUGACCUGCAGCCUAAACCUACCAGUCCAAAGAAACUCUACUUAACAGGGAACUAUCUUCAAACUGUCUAUAAGAAUGACCUCUUAGAAUACAGUUCUUUGGAUCUGUUGCAUUUAGGGAACAACAGGAUCGCAGUCAUUCAAGAAGGUGCCUUUACAAACCUGACCAGUUUGCGCAGACUUUACCUGAAUGGCAAUUACCUUGAGGUGUUGUAUCCUUCCAUGUUUGAUGGACUACAGAGCUUGCAGUAUCUUUACUUAGAGUAUAAUGUCAUUAAGGAAAUUAAGCCGCUGACCUUUGAUGCUUUGAUUAACUUACAGCUUCUGUUUCUGAAUAACAACUUGCUGCGGUCUUUACCUGAUAAUAUAUUUGGGGGCACAGCCCUCACCAGGCUGAAUCUCAGAAACAACCAUUUUUCUCACCUGCCUGUGAAAGGGGUUCUAGAUCAACUUCCGGCUUUCAUCCAGAUAGAUCUUCAAGAGAACCCAUGGGACUGCACCUGUGACAUCAUGGGACUGAAGGACUGGACAGAGCAUGCCAAUUCCCCUGUCAUCAUCAAUGAAGUGACUUGUGAGUCUCCCGCUAAGCAUGCAGGGGAGAUACUGAAAUUUCUGGGAAGGGAGGCUAUUUGUCCAGAUAGUCCCAAUUUGUCAGACGGGACCAUUUUAUCAAUGAAUCAUAACACAGACAUACCUAGAUCACUUAGUGUGUCGCCUAGUUCCUAUCCAGAACUACACACUGAAGUUCCACUUUCUGUCUUAAUUUUAGGUCUGCUUGUCGUUUUUAUCCUAUCUGUCUGUUUUGGGGCUGGUCUAUUUGUCUUUGUCCUGAAACGUCGAAAGGGAGUGCCAAAUGUUCCCAGGAGUGCCAACAACUUAGAUGUGAGCUCCUUCCAAUUGCAAUAUGGCUCUUACAACACUGAGACUAAUGAUAAGACCGAUGGCCAUGUCUAUAAUUAUAUUCCCCCACCUGUGGGUCAGAUGUGCCAAAACCCCAUAUACAUGCAGAAGGAAGGAGACCCCGUAGCCUAUUAUAGGAACCUGCAAGACUUCAGCUAUGGCAACCUGGAGGAGAAAAAAGAAGAGCCAGCCACACUCGCUUACACAAUAAGUGCCACUGAGUUGCUAGAUAAGCAGGCCACACCACGAGAGCCGGAGCUGCUCUAUCAAAAUAUUGCUGAGCGAGUCAAAGAACUCCCCAGUGCAGGCCUAGUCCACUAUAACUUUUGUACCUUACCUAAAAGGCAGUUCGCCCCUUCAUAUGAAUCUCGACGCCAAAACCAAGACAGAAUCAAUAAAACCGUUUUAUAUGGAACUCCCAGGAAAUGCUUUGUGGGGCAGUCAAAGCCAGACCACCCUUUACUGCAAGCUAAGCCGCAAUCAGAACCAGACUACCUCGAAGUUCUGGAAAAACAAACUGCAAUCAGUCAGCUGUGAAGGGAAAUCAUUCACAACCCUAUGGCAUCCAAAGAUGCCCCUCCAAACCGCUGGAAGCAUUGCAUUUGCUUUCGU